AGGUGAGGAGGAGAAAGGAGGAGGAGGUGAGGAAGAGAAGAGGAGAGGUGAGGCGAGUUGAGUGAGAAGAGGUGAGGAGGAGGAGGUGAGGUAAGGAGUGUGGAGGCGGUCAGGCUCUCUCCGCUGUGUGACUGCAUCAGCAUGGCGUGCGCAGUGGCCGCCUCGGCGCCGGAGCCGAUCGGGGACUUCCCCGCGUGGCUGGAGGCGCAGGGCGUGAACCAGGAGGUGGCCCGGGCCAUGGACUCGGAGCUGGGCAUCCGGGACUACGGGGUCCUGCGCGCCUGCGUCGGGGACGGCCUCGUGCGGGCCGAGCUGCUGGCCGCGGCGCGCGACCGCCUGCCCUUCGGCUUCUACGCCGUGCUGCGGCAGGUGGUGAAGGCCCUGCGGGGCGCCGAGCCCCACGACGCCGACGACGACGCGGCCGCCGCCUCCUCCCCCUGUGGCGACGUGACGCUGGCAGGCCUGGUGGACGUGCUGCUCGCGCUGUUCAGCGGCUUGAGCCGGGAGCUGCUGCUGUCCGCGCGGAGGCUGGGAGACACCGACGAUCGGAAAUAUACGGCGGCUUUUCCCUCGUCCUUGGGUGCAUCCGCCACAGAAAACUUGAUGGCGAUGGAGACGAGUCACCUUAUGGAAAAUGAUGAGCCGGCGUUGACCCAGACUCUGGACGUCGACUCGGACUCCAGCCUCGCCGUGCAUCGGAUCAAAGCGGAGUCUCCCCGCGCCGAUCCGACCGUGACCCCGACCCUGGACAUGGACUCCAGCCCCAGCCACGGCCUGCAUUUCAUUAAAGUGGAGCAGCCCGAUGGUGGUGGCUUCACUGCUGCAGGGCCUUCCCACUCGAGCUUCCAGAACGAAGUCGCAGCCGUGAUGGAAUACAGGCCCUGCGCGUCGUCGCAUUCGGGGGACGUGCACGGGGGCGGUGUGGCGGCGAUCGUGUGGUCUCGUGCACGCGAGAUGGAGCAUACCCCGGCCGAGGACUUUGCGGCCUCCAGUUGGCGCCAGACAGACCGCGCUCAGAGGCUCGCGACCCUCGAAGGUGACGGCCUCGUCGCAGGACCCUCCCACCCGGGCUCCCAGGACGAGGCCGCCGCAGCCAUGGAACACGGGCCGCAUGCGUCGCUGCAGUCGGGAGAAAUGCCGCACGUUCAAGCUUGGCGACACGCGGGUCACGUGACCCCAAGGUUGCCCACUACGCGUCCGGCGGUUCCGCCACGGCUUCCCUGCGGCGGCGGCGGCUCGUCGGCGAGGGAGAAGGAGAAGCCGUACUCCUGCAAGGUGUGCAUGCGGGCCUUCUCGCAAAAAGUGAACCUGCAGGUCCACAUGCGCGUGCACACGGGCGAGAAGCCGUACCGCUGCGACCUGUGCGACAUAAGGUUCAUGAUGAAGCCGAACCUCAUCGUGCACCAGCGGCGCGUGCACACGGGCGAGAAGCCGUACCACUGCGAGGAGUGUGGCCUCGACUUCUUCCAGCACUGCACCCUGAUUCGCCACCUGCGUACGCACGCCCACGUGGAACCGCCAGGCGCCCACAACAACGACGUCGGUGCCGCUCUCUCCGACAACGCGUGACCGCCCGUGCACGCUUGUUUAAACUAUUGCUCUGUUUAAACCGAGCUGCGUAGCUCUUUUUUGAAAAAGCGACCAAGCCUCAAAUGGUACCUCAACGAAGGGGGGCUUAUUGUCACGUGGACAUUUAUAGCAGCCAAAUACUCUGAAACAUGUGGAGGUGCAUAGAGACCCAUAGACUAAAUUCAACUUUUUAUUUUACGAGGUAAGGCCCACUGUGCCGUGUAGCUGUUUUUCAGAAGCGACCUGGCCAUCACAAAUGAUAGCUCAACGAAGUGGGCUUAUCAUCAUCGUGUGGACAUUCAUAGCAGCCAAUGACAAUAAACGCAUGUUGAUUCCAUGGCGCUCCCACAGUGCUCAUCUCCACAGAUGGGUGGAAUGUUUUUUUUUAGCCAAGGUAGAGAGAGAGAGAUAAAAGAUUGUCUUUUUGUGGUCUGGAUUUUAUUUUUGGUAAGAUUGGUGUGUGUUUGUAGUGUAUGACGACAGAGACUGUUUAGGAGGCAACGUGUUUAAUAAAACAAUUCACUGUACAUCGGG